UUCCAGAGGAAUCUACGUCGCGGUCGAAAACGCGGGGUGCAACGUUGUGCUUCGUCCUCGUGAUCCUGGUAGUAUUCCCGGUAAAGAAUGGCAGAGGAUGAACGAGAUACGGAGCGAGAUACAGAGUCAGCUGACCAACACAUGCAUACGCCGUAUUGAGCCGUCGUCGAGUCUCUCGGUGCCAAAGGCAAAUGUUGCAGCAGUCAACCUCGAUACGUCUUCGCCAAUGAUAAGAUAAAGAUUUAAAAAAGAUGGAAGAAAUGUGUGGAGAAAAAAUAUAUACUAAAUGUUGAUGCAAAAAUAUACAAAAUACAUAAAUGUCUAUGCAUGAAUCUCUUGAAUCUUAUGAAUCUCCUGAAGUAAUCAUUGACUUGAGCAAGGAAGAGAUUCACAAGAGAUAUCAAGAUGCUGCAAAAGUUAUAUUCAAUGAGCAACAAAAUAAAAAGAAGAAAGUUGGCAGUUAUCUCAGUUUUGGGAGCAGUCGCAGAACAAUAGAAUAUAGUAAUAAUGGAAAUCAUCCUGUCAUCAUACGAAAACCUGAAGGUUCUAUGAUUAAGCAGAAUACUCAUUCAUAUUGGCCGAUAUCGAAAGAAUAUCGUAAGCCAAACGAAAAGUGCGCAAUAACUUAAUGAGUAGAAAAUGUUAUAAUAAUUUGUUCAAUAAAUUUAAUUGUUUGCACUAACAUUAGUAUCAAUUCUGAGGAAAUCUUUAUAUACACAUAUAUUAUUAUACUAUUAUAAGGUUUAAACAUUUCUCAAUACGUUCAUUACCACAUAAAACUAUUUUU